AUGGAGACCUACAGUUCCUAUAACGUAUCAGUGGUGCUCUUUGCCACCUUCGGCUCCCUGUUUACGGGCUACUCUCUCGCCAUCAUCGUAGCAACAGUCGGACAGCCGACAUGGUACGAAUCUUUGCACCUGGAACCCGAUGCCACGGCGCCUGGAUACAAUCACACAACAACUAUCAUCGGAGCGUCCAAUGGCGUCUUCUUCGCUGGCGGCACCCUAGGCUGCCUGCUGGGCGGAUGGCUGGCUGAUAAACUGGGCCGUGUAAAGGGGUUCAGAGUUGCUGCUAUAGUUGGUAUUAUCGGUGCCGCGAUCCAGACUGGAGCUGUGAACCAAGCAACGUAUCUCGUCGGAAGAGUGAUUACUGGUCUUGCUGCAGGCCAGACGAUGGUCGCUAUGCCGACCUACUUUUCCGAGGUUUCGCCUCCUCGUUCUCGCGGUUUGAUGGCCGGUGCUCACGGAUCUGGUAUCAACAUAGGAUAUGCCCUUGCUGGAUGGGUCGGGUACGGGUGCUUCUUCGAAUCUAAAUCGUCCUUUGGCUGGCGCUUCCCAAAUGCCGUUCUAGCUAUCUGGGGCUUGUGUUUAUUGGGAGGAUCCUUUUUCGUUCCCGAGAGCCCUCGCUGGCUGGUAUCGAGAGGCCAAGACGAGAAGGCUUUGCAGAUCCUCUGCAAGCUGCACCACGACCCAACAGACAUCGAAGACCAUUUUGCUCAUCAGGAACUGCGGUUCAUUAAGAGCCAAUUGGAGAUCGACCUCACGCUGAUUACCGAGCAUGGACAGUGGCAGUUAUUCACCAUGCCUACGUAUCGCCGCCGCAGCAUCUUGGGAUUCUUCCUCAUGAUGGGAGGCCAGAACGUGGGCGUGCUCGUUAUCAAUAACUACAACACGCUGCUGUAUCAGUCUUUAGGCCUCUCCAAUAUGGAGGCCCUUGUCGUGGGUGCUUCCUAUAACACUUGGGCUGCCUUGGCAAAUAUCGGUGGCGCAACGGUGUCUGAUCGAUUGGGACGACGUAGGGCUCUUUUAAUUGGCUAUGCUGGCUGUGUCAUCAUGUUCAGCAUCGCCACAGGGCUCAUUGCCACGUUCAGCGAAAACGCAUCCAGGACGUACGCCGGCACCGCGGUUGCAUUUCUCUUUCUCUAUGUUUUCUUUUACGGCUCCCUCAUCGAUGUCAACCAGUACACAGUCGUCGCCGAGAUAUUCCCAUCGCACAUCCGCUCCCAAGGCUCGUCCUACUCCUUCGCAGCCCUGUUCCUCACCGACGUGCUCUGGGUCGAUCUAGCUGCUACGGCGCAGGCUACUAUUGGCUGGAGGUACUAUCUAGUAUUUCUCUGUCUUGGCAUUGUCCAUUUCGCACAUCUGUGGUUCAAGCUUCCGGAGAUUAGAUUAGCUAACUUUAGCCAUGGGUGGUGGGAGCAGACGUCUGGUCUGGCUUUAGAGGAAAUAGACGUCUUGUUUGGGAAAGAGGAAAGGGCUAGUUCUAAUGAAGAACCCAAGGCUAUGACGCAUGUUGUUGAGGAGGAAUAA